AUGGGCUUCUUCAAGAUACGCAGCCUCAAGGCGCCCAGGAACCAGACCACCAAGGCGGCCGAGCUCACCCUGCGCGAGUCCAUCUGGCCCAUCUGUCUCGUGACGGUGCUGUUCUUCCUCUGGGGCUUCAGCUACGGCCUGCUCGACACCCUGAACAAGCACUUCCAGAACGUCCUCGACGUGGACCAGGCGCGCUCCGCUGGUCUGCAGGCUGCCUACUUUGGCGCCUACCCUAUCGCCUCCAUCGGCCACGCGGCGUGGAUCCUCCGGCACUAUGGGUACCGCGCCACCUUCAUCUGGGGCCUCUGCUUAUACGCCCUGGGCGCCAUCAUCUCGAUCCCUUGUAUCAAAGCCAAGAGCUUUGCCGGCUUCUGCAUGUCCAUCUUCAUCAUCGGCAACGGUCUCGGCUCGCUCGAGACGGCCGCCAACCCCUUUAUCACCAUCUGCGGUCCUCCCAAGUAUUCCGAGAUGCGUAUCAACCUGUCCCAAGCUUUCAACGGCAUCGGCACGGUCAUUGCGCCCGCGCUCGGAUCCUAUGUCUUCUUCGCGUUCGACGACGAGACGGCGCUCGCCAACGUGCAAUGGGUGUACCUCGCCAUUGCCGUCUUCGUCCUGAUCCUGGCCGUGCUCUUCUUGUUCUCUAACAUCCCCGAAAUCACCGACGCUGACAUGGCCUACCAGGUGCAGGAGACGCACGCGGCCGCUGACGACCUCCCCUUCCGGAAGCAGUACCGCCUCUUCCACGCCGCCUUUGCGCAAUUCUGCUAUACGGGCGCCCAGGUCGCCAUUGCCAGCUUCUUCAUCAACUACGCCGUCAACACUCGCCCGGACACCGACGACUCGGCGGGCGCCCAGCUCUUCUCAGGUGCACAAGCUGCCUUCACCGUCGGCCGCUUCGUCGGUGUCAUUGUCAUGAAGUACUUUCGCCCACGCCAGGUGUUCCUCGUCUUCAUGGCCUGCUGCAUCAUCUUCUUGAUUCCGGCCGUCGCGCUCCCUGGUACCGGGCAGAUCAGCAACGCGCCCGUCGUCAUGUUGUUCGUGGUCCUGUUCUUCGAGUCCAUCUGCUUCCCGACCAUUGUCGCCCUCGGCAUGCGUGGUCUCGGCCGCCACACCAAGCGCGGCAGCGGGUAUAUCAUCGCGGGUGUCGUGGGUGGUGCCUGCGUGCCGCCGCUGACGGGUGUCGCCAACGACAGGCACGGUAACGGCAUUGGCAUGGUUGUGCCACUGGUCUUCCUGACCGCCGCCUUGACAUACGCCCUCGCGUGCAACACGGUGCCUUCGUAUAAGAAGGCGAUCGACUCGCUCGCCGACGCCGACAUUGGUCUCAGGGGCGAGAAUACCGACGUGGCCGGCAAGGUCCUCGACGAGGAGAAGCCAGGGCAUACCGUGGAGGAGGAUGCUGCUGUCUCUGCCCCCGGUCCGACCCAGAGUAAGGUCUGA